AUGGCAUCAACAAUAUCCAAGGCGAUACCUAAAAGUCUGCCGAAACCACUUCCACUUGACCAGCGGAAGCAGAUAUAUUUACCAGAUUUCGUGCUUACGCUCAUAAGGACUCCGUUCUUACCUCCUCGAUAUGCCUCCUUUUGGGUUCCUCUUACGUUCAACAAACUUGACAUGAAAGACUAUAUGAAGAGAGUAUACAAUGUCGACGUUAUCAAAGUACGAAGUUAUGUUGAACAGCAGAAGGUUACGCGUGAACUUCCCCGAGGAAGGCAGGGCGUUGGCCCGAUGCGACGCCCAAUGCCGAAGAAGAAAAUGACAAUUGAGAUGACCGAACCCUUCGUGUGGCCGGAAGAACCAGAAGACUUUGGACCAUGGGAACGUGACACAUUCUUUGAAGCCAAGAAGAUGCAAGAGGACUUCCAGGCUGCGCACGCUCACGAUGCGCCAAUGAAGGCACCCACACGAAAACGACAGAUGCUAGCCGAACAAGCAGAGCAGGUUCUAAAGGGUGAAGAGCAGUGGCAGCCAACCUGGCAAGCACUGGGCCUGAGCUCUCAGAGGCCAUUAUUCAACAGGCAAGAACGCGAGCCAAAGGAAGCAUCGAAGACACAGGAACCAGUUCAGUCACCAGGAAGCUAA